AUGAAUAGCACCAGACACCAGUCUCUGUUCUUUGUCAGUCUGCCUGAGCUGCACAAACUCUGUGCUGCUACAGUAACACUGAGUUCUCAGAUACCAGAAGUUGAGUCAAGGAGUACACAGAUAAAGACUUGCAGGCAAUUAUUAUUCCUGUAUCAAGAGAUCCUUUCUGCACCUGUUAUGGGGACACUGAAUCAAAUUUCGGUUGUGAUGGCGAUACCAUUUUACGAAUCGGGAAUAUGUCAAGCCUAUGUAGAGAGACAUGGAGCUGCUCUGGAAGCACCACAAACAGUUACUCCAGCCCUUCUCCAAACCUGUCUCUCCUACACACUUACAGCCAGGCUUGCACCCAGAUGGAACAAAGCUGGUCAUCUCUUGGUGCAAGGGAAAGACUUUUUGUCUCAUUCAGGAAGGCAAAAUGCUGUUGUUAUAGACCUCAAUGUGUCAGAGAAGCAGCUUUGCAUUAGUGUGGAGCCUUGCUCAAUUCGGCUGCCACCCCCUGAGCUGGGAGAUUUUGAUAUUUCAGCAAAUAUCGUAAAGCUGUUUGACAGCAAUGAAAACACAGUUAUUCAGCAACAUUCCAUACUAAGUAACUGGUGCUAUGUUUUGCCAAGCAUGAAAAUGGGUCAAAUCAUAAACAUUAGCCAUAUAAUUCCUCCAGAAUCUCCUUUCCGUUCAUAUAAGGAUUUUCAGAUGCACUGGAAGAAUCUGUAUGGAUAUAUUCUUCCUGAGGAUCUUGAAGAGACAAAAAUAUACUUGAGUGUUUACUUCAAACCAAUAGGGGAAAGAUUCUUCACGUACCCUUUAAAUUGCAUCCGAAGUCAGCCAGUGCAGUAUUUCCCCAGAACAGAUGCAGAAAGUGUAGUGAGCUCUUUUAUUUCUGACAUGAAGAGCAAUUUUUCACAGCUGUGUGGAUUUCCAGUAAAGAUGACAAGUAAAGCACUUUAUGCUACAAAGGAACUCUGCAAGGCUUCAGUGCAUGAAAUAAAACCUAAGCGUACGAAAUUGGACGGUGAGAUGGUUUGUGUAGUAUCUCUAACGCAGGUUCCUCCAAGAAAACCGACUUUGCCUGAAAUUCCUUCACCGUGCAGUACGGAAAACAGCCACUGGAUGGAGCGUUUGAUCAAAGAGCCUGGAACAAACAAUUUGUCGAGUAGCAGUAGCAGUUUUUCGAGUACAGGAGGGGUUAGCAUUGAAGCAACAGAGAAAUCAAUGAGCAAUAUGCAAAUUCCAGGCGUUCUACAGUUACCAACUGCAAAAUCUUUAGGAACACCUGUAAACUCAGCCUUUGAAGCCACGCUUCCAAAAGUCAGCGAAAUUAUACCAAUUUUCAAAGGAAAGUUGAUGCAAAUGAAUGGAAAGAUCACAAAUCAAACAGAUAGGAAGAAAAAGGAAAAUGCUGAAAGGCAUUCACCAAUAAAAAGUGUGGGUGUUUCGUCUUCUAUGCCGACUGUGCACAAAUCCAGCAUAACUCAGAUUUUCAAACACAUUCAAAAUAUGCCAGUCAAAACUCCUACUGACAGCAGCGUGCUUCAGGUAAAGAACAUGAAGACACACGCAAAACAUGGUACACCCAUAUUCCAAUGGAAAACCCAGUCUAGUGGACAAAUGGCUAACUCUGAUUUUUCUGAAAACUCAGCUUCAGGUGGGAAUCCACGUGAAGUCAAUCACAAAAAGGCAAAAUCUCCAUUCUUUCUUAAGAAUUUUGGGCCAAUGCUUCAGAAAUCAAACACCAGUCCAUGUCUGAAUACACAUGAAUCUUUUAGUUCCAGUGCAAGAAGGGGGAAAAAGUUUACAAGUCAAAAUACUGCUCAAUUUCUUGAGAAACAACACCAAUCAACGGAAGUGCAUUUGCAGAUUUGUAAAUUAGACAGUGAAAUGACAAAUUCCAGUUUGUCACUGCAACAAACAAAGAGAUCAAAUAAAGGAUCUGGGUUAAAUAUUCAUGAAUCUGUCUUCAAAGAUACAGUGUGCAUGGCCAAGGGUGAGGGAAACAAAGCAGCAUGCCACUCUAAGGACUGUACUGCUGUGACAACCAGUCAUCAUUCCAAACCUAACUUUGAACAGCUGAUUACAGGGAACAAGUAUCUGACAUGUGAAACACUGACCUCAAAACUGACUUUGCCAGUCAAGGAGAGCACCAUGGAAGCACCUGUAAAGAAAAGUUGUGCCAGACAAAGACAGCAGAAAGAAGAAGGUUAUUCAAAGUUAAAGAGAGCCAAAAGAAGUAAAACUUCUACUUAA